UUGCGCGCCUCGCAGGCCGCCGACGCCGGCAAUUGAAGGAAGGCGAGAAGCGGUGUCGUCGGCAGCGGCGGCUGCGCAGCGUCCUCGUCACCGGCCUUGGCUGGGGCCGCUGAAGCCAGGGGGAAGGGGGGGCCCUGGCGGCCCUGGAGCACCUGCUGCUGCUGCUGCUGCUGCUGCUGCCGCCGGCCCUACCGACGUCCUCCGCGGGCCGGCGCGAAGGGUGAAGCGCCCUCGCUCGGCCGGCAAAGCGGUGGCGCGCAACCCGGCGAAGCUGCGGCAGGGAGGCGACGGCUGGAAGGAGAAGGGAGCUGAGCGACGGCAGCGUGGAUGAAAGUUUGGUCCGAAUUCCGUGCAGGGGACUCCAACCGUCAUGUUAAGAUAAAGCAGAAAAGUGGAGUGCUGAACAUGCUAAAGAGGCUGGACAAAAUAAGGUUCAGAGGACAUAAGAGAGAUGAGUUCCCGGACUUAGCAGAGUCUCCCAAUGCUUCAGAUACUGAAUGUGGAGAUGAAAUCCCUAUGAAAAUACCUCGUACAUCGGGCUACGAUGAACUGAGAGACCCUGCUGGUCCUGGGACUGUCAUCAUGGCUACAGGCAUUCCUGAUUACAACAGAACAGAGUCUGACAGAUUAAAUGAGAUCAAAGGCCAUUUGGAAAUUGCCUUGCUGGAAAAGCACUUUCUCCAGGAGGAGCUAAGAAAGCUGAGAGAAGAAACCAAUGCUGAAACGCUUAAGCAAGAGUUAGAAAAAGAACGCUUGAGAAGGAUAGAACUGGAACAAAAAGUCAGCGAAAUUCUAAAAGCAAGAGCAGACGAAUCACCUCCGUCUACUCAGCAGCCUCCCAAAGCACAGAAUGGAACAGAUAAACGCAGCCACAUGGUGUGUUCAAGAGUUCAGAAAUGGAUUUAUGAUAAGUUUGGAGAAUAUAUUGAAGACUUUAGAUUUCAGCCAGAAGAAAACACAGUAGAAACCGAAGAGCCGCUCAGUGCUAGACGGCUAACAGAAAAUAUGAGAAGAUUAAAGAGAGGUGCCAAACCUGUUACAAAUUUUGUGAAGAAUCUUUCUGCCUUAUCUGACUGGUUUUCUGUCUACACUUCUGCUAUUGCCUUUAUUAUCUACAUGAAUGCUGUAUGGCAUGGCUGGGCCAUUCCUAUGUUCUUAUUUUUAGCUAUUUUGAGGUUGUCACUAAAUUACCUCAUAGCCAGAGGGUGGAGGAUACAGUGGAGCAUUGUGCCUGACGUUUCUGAGCCUAUUGAACCUCCCAAAGAAGACUUAACGGUGUCAGAAAAGUUCCAGCUUGUUCUGGAUGUGGCACAAAAAGCACAGAAUUUAUUUGGCAAAAUGUCAGAUAUAUUGGAAAAAAUUAAAAAUUUGUUUAUGUGGGUCCAGCCUGAAGUAACGCAGAAACUAUAUAUUGUUUUAUGGGCCGCUUUUAUUGCAUCCUGCUGCAUUCCUUGCAGAAUCAUUGGGCUUGCAAUAGGACUUUAUGCAGGAAUUAAAUUUUUUCUGAUUGAUUUUGUCUUCAAACGGUGUCCAAGACUACGGGCAAAGUAUGAUACCCCUUAUAUCAUAUGGUUGAACUUGCCUACCGAUCCUCAACUCAAAGAAAGGGCUAAUGCUACAGUAUCGAGACGGCCUCAAACAGCAGCAUCCCGAAGCUAUGUAGGAUCAAACACCUCAACAGGAGUGAGUCGGGAUGACGAAACCAGCCGCUUACACAAUACGAAGAGAGGAAACUUCCAUGAAGUAUUUAACUUGUCAGAACAUGAGCGUCCAUUGGCAGUGUGUGAAAAUGGUUGGCGCUGCUGCUUGAUAAACAGAGAUAGGAAGAUAACCACUGAUUACAUUAGGAAUGGCGUGCUCUAUGUUACUGAAAAUUACUUAUGCUUUGAAAGUUCCAAAUCUGGUUCAUCUAAAAGAAAUAAAGUUAUAAAACUUGCAGAUAUAACAGAUAUUCAAAAGUACAAAGUACUUUCUGUUCUCCCAGGAUCUGGGAUGGGUAUUGCAGUAUCCACACCAUCUACGCAAAAACCACUCGUAUUUGGUGCCAUGGUACACAGAGACGAAGCUUUUGAGACUAUUUUCAGUCAGUAUAUGAAGAUAACCUCUGCAGCAUCCGCCAAUGAAAGCUAGUAAAUCAUCCUUGCCGGUUUUUAUAGGAAACAUCAAGAAUUUUACUCGCCCAGUAGUGAAUAAAAAGGUGGAACAUCCUUCAUCAUCAGUCCUGCAAUAAUUUUCUUUGUUGCAUAUGUCUUAUGUUACAGAAGUGAAUUUUAUACAUGCCUUCCAUGGUUUCUGUUGGUUUUUAUUUACUGGUUUUUUUUGGUAAUAAAAUAAAAGAACAGUGAAAAUGCUAUUGGCACUGUUAGCCUUGCACAUUAA